AUGGAACUUAUAUACCACCAAACCCUCCAAGAGAAGCACCUGCACCAGGACUACCUAACACAUUUACAUCGUCACAUGGACACAGACACAGGCAUGCACCAAAACCAACACAACAACAACAACAACAACCAGCACAGCAACCAACAGUUCAAAACCCUGCACAACAACCACCUCCACAACCAGCACAACAACCAACAGUUCAAAACCCUGCACAACAACCACCUCCACAACCAGCACAACAACCACAAACAGAGCAAGGACAUAAAAGAAGUAGAGAACAAGGAAACCAAGAAUUCUUAA